GUAAGUUGGCAGCACAUGAGAGGUUAUUUAGGGAAUGUUCUCUCUUUAGCUUUUUUGUUUGUUUGUUUUGAUGUUGCAGGAAAUAUUCAGGAAGUCAUAUUACAAGAACGCUUGGAAAAAGAAGAUGAAAUUCUGGUUUCCUUGGCUGGUUUGAAGCAGAUCAAAGAUAUUCUGAAGGGGUCCCUGCGUUUCAACCAGAGCCAACUGGAAGCUGAAGAAAAUGAGCAAAUCACAAUAGCAGAUGACCAUUACUGCUCCAACAGUCAGAACAAAGGGACUGGUGAUAUCCUAAAGGGACCCGUUAUGACAAAGCAACAGUUGAUCUCAGGACGACAGACUGCCACUGAUUCAAGCACUAGAGAGAGUAAGGAUGCUGAUGACUGUAUUUUGGUUUCCAAAGAAGAAGGAAGCAGAAGUGCUGUCCCAGAGCCAGCACAGUUGCUUCAGACAUUCAAGGAGUCAGCGGUGAAGCCAGAAGCUCCAUCUCGUCCUUUGGUAUUCUCUGACCCUCUGAUGGGCUCCAUUUCAGCCUCCUCCAGCAACCUGAGUUCCAGCCCUGAUGACAACAGUAGUAAUAACAGCAAAGAUUCUGACUUUGCUAUUGUAAGCCCACUGGACAUCUAACUAAACUGACUGGGAGAAAUUAAAAGGCCAGCUGGUACACCUCAGCUUGGCUUCCAGUGGUUCCACAGGCUGGAGAGUUCUUUGGAUUAGAAGGACAGAAAAUAGGUGAAGGUAACACAUUCAGCUGCCAAAAGCCUAGGUUAAAAAAAUUACAUUUUUUGUUGCGACUCUUCAAAAAGAAUAUACAUCUUGUAAUGACUGCCUUAAGUAAAAACCCAGUAAACCUGGUUCUAAUAUACAGUUAUUCUUAGUUAUAGAUCUAUCUUACUUAGGAGCUUUGUUACUAUAGAACUGUUGCUUUCUUGAAACAUAGAAUAGUAUGUGCUAGGUACCAUAAUGGAUUAGGAAAUGCAUAGGUACUUGACAUCAGACCUGAAGAGGCAAAAACAAACUAGGUUUAAUAUCAUCCUUCUGCAAAAUGUGCUAGACUGGGUUUUCUGAAUAGGCAAGGAUACUGUUUCUUCAGAGUCUGUGACUAGAGAAGUAGAGAAUGUAAAUCAGAAAAAUUAAAAGCAUCAUCCUGGCACUUGUUCUCAGUUGAGGAAUCCUAGUUUCUUUCUUUUCAUCCAACAGUAGCCUGAGGUGUGUUAAAGGCAUUGGUUUGUGUAAUAGUUCCUCAGCACUGUGUUAAAGUGAAUGUGUUACAAAUUCCUUGAGAACGGGGACCUCUACAACAGAGCCUUACUUCCCUUUGCCUACUAUUUUGCCCCUUGAGAAUUCUCAGCUCACCUCUUUCCCUCUUAGUAUCUGUGUGCUUUUACUCCCCUGGCACGAAUUAAUUUUGAUUUUACUGAGAUUGCUACCAUCAAAGAGUAGGGAAAUUAUGUUAUUUCAUAGUGUACACCUGAGCCAGUUGAUCUAAAAUUAUUUUGAGUAUGGUAACUUAACAGGGAAGGGUGCAAAGUGAUAUAAAAUGUUCAUAAUUAAAAGCACUUUACGUCUCCUUGCUAUUAUCUUCUAUAUAUUCUGUUUACAUAUAUGCAUAUAUGAUUUCCGCAUUACUAGUCAGAAAAAAAUACAUAGUGGUGCAGCAGCAUUAACCAACAGAAAGUUUUUAAUUAACCCUAAAACUUGUUUUUCUAUGGAAAAGCAUAUUUCUUUGCCAUCAAGUACAUAGUGCAUCUAAUAACAGUUCUUUUCAGAUAGAUAAGAUGGGGGUUCUUUGUACCCACUGAUUCCUUUAAACUCUUCUGGAAUUUGCAAAAAGAAGCUGUUAGUCAGAGGAAGCCUGCUGCUCAUGCAGGACUUGUGCAGUUAUAGCCAGAGGAAGUAGUGCUAGAAAAUUUCUCCAUUUCUAACAACAGUACAAAAUCUGAAUUAUUUUGUUUCAAGAUACUUAUCGAGUACACCAUGCAAGAGCAUUGUAACUGCAUGGUGAAGCUUCUGUUGGUAUAGUCUUUUAAAUGGUAGUUAUUUGCUGAUUAGUCUGUAAUUGUCAGUAGAGUUAAGUACAGUAUCCCAAAGAUGAGGCGAUGUUGCUUGCUGGUCUUAGAUGGUCUGUGUUAAUGACUGACAUUAAGAGAUAGCUGUCAUGUAAUUACAUGGGAGCUGCCAUAUCCUUAUACGUUCAGAAGCCGCUGUGUAGUUCUUCUUAGAUUCUCUGUGCCUUGUAAAAUGUUAAAACACUGGAAUGUGUUAAAAUACAUUGUUUAAUUGUUUAAUUGUUUUAACACAUUGUGAGCGGGCAUAGCAUCACACAUCUCUGUGGCAGAGUGGUGUGAACAGUCAGAUGACUUUGUUUAGAUGAGAGACCUUAAGCGAGUAGCAUUUCAGAUAGGUGUUUAUUUUGGUUUAAUUUUAAGCUUCAUAGAAAAUCACUUUGGAAAUAAACACACAUGCCUACCUUCAGGUUUAUUUUAUUUCCCUGAUUUUGUGUGAAUGCCAGGGGAUUAGUUGCCUGUUGGGGUUUUUAGUUCUUUCCAACUCUUCUAGCCUUAACCCAUUCAGCAAGGCUUGUGCCACACUACCAACAAAGGGGAAUCUGUUCAACCAGUACUCGUGGAAAGAGGAAAGAAAUAUUGUGGGGGCAGAGAGACAAGUUUUAUAUUCUGUGAUACAUAAGCCUUCAGUGAUUCUAGAACUUUGGCAGGGGAAAAUGUUUUUACUUUUUUUUUAUUAUUUUAAGAAUCAUUCUUUUCAUUUUUGUUCUGGUUGUUUGUUUCAGGGAUCACAUUGCUAUUUUCUUGAGCAGUCUCAUUGCAUUGGAAGAGUGUGAUUUGUACAGUUCUUUUAUUUUUGUAAGUUAGUUGUAUCUUCAAUACAUCAUAUUUUAAAGCAGCGCUGAAAGUAUAUACAGAUUUUUGGAGUUUCUAACAAGUUUUUGCUAAGUGGUGGAUACCACUGAGCUGGAUACCUGUCAUGCCAAGGGAUAUAAUAAGAUCCUUAGAAGCAGAGAGUUGAUUAUGCAAGUAAGAUUAGAGCAAGUUCCAGUAAACGAAUCUGCUUUGGUUACACCAUGUCCUUCCAUGUCACAAAUUUGCUGUCUCAUACUUAAUCAUGGUACAAAGACAGUUAAAAUUUUAUAUAUUCUUUAAAUCAGAUGAGCCUGUAAGUUAGACAGAAUAUCAAACCAUCACUCUGUCUUGCUUUAUGUUAGAAAUAUACUGAGAAAUAAAUUGUUUAAAAUGCAAGAUUAUUCUUUUUUCCCAGAAAAGACCCGCUCAUAAUGUUCAUGGAUCCCAGUAACAAGAUAGAGAACUGAUAUGCAUUGAAAACUUGUGGUAAUAACUAAUAUGGGAUGAAGAUAUGCAUUUGAAACUGUUGUACUGUAUCUUACAUCUGUAAUUUAUGGCUGUUUGAAGUCUUUUGCAUGUCAUAUCAGUUGUACAUACUGCGGAGAAACAGUAUGGUAUUUUGACUGGGUAUUCAUUUAGUUGUGGAACUUUGUGUCUUUAUCCCAGAAGAAUAUCUAUCCCACUUUAUUAAAGAAUUAACUACUUUCCUGGGUUGUGCUUGUGCUGUUUUCACAGAAGGAAAAGCUUUUUUACUAGAAUUUUUGAAGUAUGAUUUCUCAAAACAAAGGUUAUUAGAAACUUUAAAACUAUUCCAUUAUCUAUAUAAGCAGAUAUAUUAUUAAUAUUUUAAUCAGAUUUUAUGUAUUUGAUCCAGGGAAUCAAAUUGUUCAUUACUCAUCUUACUCAAGUGGUGCAGAAAAUUUAGUAUUUUGCUAUAUUUAUUGUAUCUGACAGUGCUGUACAAUAUUUAAAGUGGUAUAACCUUUCUGCUGCUUCUUUAAACUUGUUAUGAUCUCAUCAUCUCAUCUCAGUUCCCAUCUCAGUAUCUGUACAGUACCUUUCUGAAUCUCAUUACUUUAUUGCAGAUUCUUAAAUGGUUCCCUUUAUUCUGCAGUGUGCUUUCCUCUUUAGAGGACAAUGAAGCAGCAUUGACAAAGGUUAAAUUUCAGGUUUAAUGUCUGUGGGACACUUGUGCUGGCAGUUACAAUGUCAUCUGUUCAAAUAUGGACACAACAAUCCUUAAAAGAUUUCCAUGUUCUGAGUGUCAGCCCUUGAAUAAUACUUUUGAUUUUGUGCUGCAUGUGUUGGUCUGGACUGAAUGUCUGUAAUGGUUUAUUAGACUUAAAAAGGUGCAGUUUCAUAAAAUAAACUUCAUUUGGCUACACAAUAGCGAUUA